AUGCGCGCCGUCCUCCUCGCUGCCACCCUGUUCACCCUCACUUUCGCCCACGGACAGGAUUCUCCUGCCGCAGGCGCUCCUACUGGCGACGGCGAGGACGCCCUCACUCCCGAAGUUUCGCCCACCGGUGCUCCAGGUGCCGGGGACACUCCGGCCGCCACCCCCUCGGGCGACGGCGCUUUGAGCUCUGGCGAGAGCGCCGUCUCUGGCUCUCCCACGGUCACGGACGACCUUUCUACCCCUGCCGUCCCCAGCGUCUCCGCCACUUCCGCCCCCAGCAGCAGCGUCGCGGCCCCCAGCACCCCGACCGCCGGCAGCAGCAGCGUGAGCGUCCCCGCCGUCCCCUCGCUCGGCGUCAGUGGCACGGCGUCGGCGUCCACGCUUUCGUCAAGCGCCGCCUCCGUGUCCAAGCCCGCCUCUGCCUCGGCUUCUGCCAGCGCCACCCCCUCGAACGCCGCCGCUUACGUUGACGGCUACGCCACGGGCGCGGUGGGUUUCGCCCUCGCCGGUGCUCUGCUUGCGUUCUAA